AUGUCGAGUUCUCAGUUGGUUGAUAGACUCGAGGAAGUUCGAACCGUAAGUGGAUUAAAUAAUAAACAAAUUGCAACAUUCCCUUGUUUGUUGUAUUCGUUUGUGUGUCAGUGGAGUUUAAAUGCGUUAUGUUGCCGUGACUUUAUUAAUCAAUAAUAUAAUAGCAUUUGCUUGUUUUAUGUGAAUUAAUCUUAUACACACAGGUAUUGGUCUAAGCUUGGCGUACUUCAACAUUCAAACCUUUAUAUUAGAACAUUUUGGAAGAUGUAACUGCUAGUUAUUCAACGCAUAUUUGAUAUAUUUAAGGAAUAAAAUAACAUGGAGGUAGAAGAUAUAAUGUGCGAUCAAAGUAUUUUACAUCCUGAAGUUAAUGUUCAGUUUGAUAGUAAAGCACCAUAUCCAGUUAUUCCUGCAAGACAUAUUGAUAUAUCUGUAUUCUUCAAGAUAAAGCUUAACUUUUCGAAAGCUACCCAAGACAAUUGUAUGCGUCUUUUUAUUUCGGCUAUUUGGUUUUCUUUAGUAUUUACAGAGCGAGAAAAAUACAACUUCCUACGACUUAUAAUGCAAGAAAAAGUGGAAGGAAGAAGAGGUUCAGGAAGAAGAAAAUGCUUCUGGUUGAAGAAUGUAAGAGACUGGACAGGCAUGGACACUCAUUCGAUACUAAGAACAUACCAAGAUAGAGAGCAAUUUGCUGUAGUUAUAGCGAACCUUCAGUAA